AUGUCUUCAGUUUGGAGGAAAGCAGGGUUAACUUAUGCGUCGUAUUUGUCGAUUGCUUCCAAGACGUUACGUGAAGUGCUGAAAACGGAGUAUCAAACUGCUGCAGUUGCAAGUAGAUCGGUCACAGAAGCGCACGUCACUAAUUACAAGAACGGGUCUCCUUUGAGUGAUCCGGAACCACUGCAGAAAUCUGACAGUUAG